UACUCGUGAUCUAGCAACAUCGAGACAGAACGCGAUUAACGUGCUAUAUUGAAACGUCAACUUCAUAAUCAUCAUGGACACUUGGAUAUUGUUGUCUCUAUUAACUGGUGCCAUUGCCAUUUAUUAUUAUUUCUUUAAAAAUUUAAAUUUUUUUAAGAAAUAUGGGAUUGCACACAUACCACCAUGGCCUAUCGUGGGUAAUAUGGGGCCAGUUUUUUUACGGCAGAUAUCGCUGGCUGAAAAUAUUCAAAAAGUCUACUACCUAAAUAAAGACGCCAAAUAUGUUGGUUAUUUUGACGGUAUGAAUCCAAUCGUAAUGAUUCGCGAUCCUGAUCUCAUCAAAGCCAUCGGCGUUAAGAAUUUCGAGACGUUUCCCGAUCAUCGCGCUUUCGUCGACGAAGCUAACGACCCUCUGUUCGGCAAGAAUUUGUUUUCGCUUCGUGGUGAAAGGUGGCGAGAUGUGAGGACCUUACUAAGUCCGGCUUUUACUUCUAGUAAAAUGAAAACCAUGUUUAAAUUGAUGUCCGAUUGUGCUGCCAAUUUUACUGACUAUCUUGCCAAUUUACCUGCAGACAAAAAUAUUAUAGAAAUGAAGAACUGCUUUACUAGAUACACAAAUGAUGUAAUUGCAACUUGCGCAUUUGGUGUCAGCGUCGAUUCUAUGAGGAAUCCUAACAACGAGUUCUACGUUUAUGGAAAAGAAGCUACGACUUUCGGCACUCUGCGCACCAUAAAAUUUUACAUAACUAGAAGUAUGCCACAUGUCGCCAAAAUGUUGGGUAUUAGAUUUGUUAGCAAUCGCAUAGGUGAAUUUUUCAAAGAUCUCGUAAGGAGCACGAUAGACAUCAGAGACACAAAAAAUAUCGUACGACCAGAUAUGCUGCAAUUGAUGAUGGAGACCAGAGGAAAAAGAGGACUUAAAAAGGAGCUGACUAUCGAGGAUAUGACCGCGCAGGCAUUUAUUUUCUUUUUUGGCGGUUUUGAUACUGUCUCUUCCUUGAUGUGCUUCACUGUUCACGAAAUUGCCGUGAAUCCAGACGUACAGGCAAAACUGCGCGACGAGGUAGACGAUGCUCUCAAGACAAACAACGGGGAUUUAACCUAUGAAGUACUAAACGGAAUGCAGUAUUUGGAUGCGGUGAUCAAUGAGGCUCUUAGAAAAUGGCCCAUAGCUGCUUUUCUGGACAGGAUAAAUGUGGAAGAUUUUGAGCUACCUCCAGCAUUGCCUGGAGACAAACCUUUCCUUUUAAAGAAAGGAAUGAACGUUUGGUUCCCUGUUUACGGUCUACAUCGGGAUCCAGAAUAUUUCGAGAAACCGGACGAGUUUUAUCCCGAACGCUUUUUGGAUGAAAAUAAGAAAGACAUAAAUUCAGCUGCAUAUAUUCCAUUUGGACUUGGACCAAGAAUGUGCAUAGGCAACAGGUUUGCAUUAUUGGAGACCAAAGUGAUGUUAUUCCAUUUAUUAUCUCGUUGCGAAUUAAAAAUGUGCGCAAAAACUUCGCAUCCGUUGCAAUUGAGCAAAACAAAUUUCGCUAUGCUAGCAGAAGGAGGAUUCUGGCUAAAGAUCCAAGCGAGAGACAAUACUAGUGUAUCCUCUAACGUUGUUAAUGAUAGUGCGCCUAAUGGCCAUAUUUAAAUUCAAAAGAAUUGCUAAUAAAUUUUGCAUUUAUUGUUAUUAUACAAAAUUUUGCAUUUAUUUAUAUUUAGAUAUGAAUUCGACGUAAUAUCAUUUAACCGAGAGAAAUAACACUUAAACUGAUUUGGAUAUGCGCACGUAGUUUUAUUUUAAAUA